GUUGGAGCAAACGUUCUUCAGAAGUUGGUCAAUGCUGCAUUGAGUAUCAUUGAUAUUCAAUAUGUCAGAUUUGAAAUUGAGAUGAAUGCCGUUACCAGGAUAUUCGAUUUUGUAAGUAAUGCAACUGACCUUAUUUAUACUGGACAGCUCUGUGUGGCUCUGUCAGUUCGAAACUGUUCUCGUUAAACUAACUAACUUUAUUUAUUUAUUUUAUUUAUUUAUGCGGAAUAGCUCUAUCAGUUCUAAACUGUUCUUCCCAGAGGUCAAGUAAGGAUCAUCUCUUAUUGAUCCAGUGUUACUACAGGAGGAAACCUAAACUAAACUAACUUUAUUUAUACGGAAUAGCUCUAUCAGUUCUAAACUGUUCUUCCUAGAGGUCAAGUAAGGAUCAUCUCUCAUUGAUCCAGUGUUACUACAGGAGGAAACCUAAACUAACUUGAUUUAUACUGGAUAGCUCUAUCAGUUCUAAACUGUUCUUCCUAGAGGUCCAGUAAGGAUCAUUUCUUAUUGAUCCAGUGUUACUACAGGAGGAAACCUAAACUAAACUAACUUUAUUUAUACUGGAUAGCUUUAUCAGUUCUAAACUGUUCUCCCUAGAGGUCCAGUAAAGGUCAUCUCUUAUUGAUCCAGUGUUACUACAGUAUGAAACCUAAACUAAACUAACUUUAUUUAUACUGGAUAGCUCUACCAGUUCUAAACUGUUCUUCCUAGAGGUCCAGUAAGAAUCAUCUCUUAUUGACCCAGUGUUACGACAGGAGGAAGCAUAAACUAAGCUAACUUUAUUUAUACUGGAUAGCUCUAUCAGUUCUAAACUGUUCUUCCUAGAGGUCCAGUAAGGAUCAUCUCUUAUUGAUCCAGUGUUACUACAGGAGGAAACAUAAACUCGGCUAACUUUAUACUGGGAUAUAGCUCAGUCUGUUCUAAAUUGUUGGAGUUCCAUGCAGUAAAAGUUUGUAUAUGCUUUAAUUUGGCGAGGUUUAUCAAAAAAACAAUAAUUUGUCAUUGUUUUUAGAAUGCAAAAAUUGUAAUUAUGGGAUGGACCUUUACUCCAGAAUUCCGCAUCGACUUCAGCAGCUUAAAGAAAGCCAGCAGCGGUAUCAACUCCGCUGGCCAGUCAAUCUCUGAUAAAACCAUGGCCAAGGUCAAGAAGUAAAGCAAGUAUCAGGAUUUUCGUGCGACUAUUUUUUCACCGGUUGAGAAGUCGCAUGGGGAGUGAUGUGUGCAUGGUAUUUCUUUAUUUAACUUAUAUUUCUUUCAUUAAAAGAGUUUACUGUUUUAUUUAUUAUUAAAUCAAGGGUAUAUUAAGUAUUUAUUUUAAGAAUAAUAAAUAUAUUCAUUUUAAAAUACGAGACAGUUAUUUUCGUAAAAUAAUGGACCUAUUACAUAAUGAACAAAAUUUUGAUGCAGACAAACAUUUUAUCACGGCUUGAAAGAGCAUCACAAAAUUAGUAAUACCCAGAAGUUUCGUUGUGAAAUGUGGUAAAAUGCGGAUAAUAUAGCCCUGCGAAGUUUGCCGUUUUUCAGUCAUUUUGUAUUACGCGCGGGAAAUUGAUAGCUAUCAAUUUCAAAAGUGGUAUCAAUUUCAGAAAGUGGUAUCAAUUUACUAUAUGAGUAAAUUCUUAAACACGUUUUAUUUAUCAUUAUGAUAUAUUCGCAGCACCUAACCACUAACCCCUAAGUCCUAACCUUUUGAAAAUCUUGAAAUUUUGAAAAUCAAACCAUGGCCAAGGGAAGGAAGGAAGGAAGGAAGUCUGUGAGAAAUUAUUGGUCGUUAAUGCCUCCAAAACAUGUGGUCCUGAUAAUAUUCCAGGUCGCCUUUUGAAGGAAUUUGCGCACCUUUUCGCUGAACCAGUUGCGAAAAUCUUCAAUAUGUCACUUGCAUCCGGGAUUGUUCCAAAUAUAUGGAAAGACUCACAUAUUACUCCCAUUCCAAAAGUUAAACAACCAACUGACGAGGGUGACACAAGACCCAUUUCACUAACGCCAUGCCUUUCUAAAGUUCUCGAAGAUUUUGUCGUUAGAUGGAUGAUCUCUGACGUUAGGAAUAAUAUUGACGCACAACAGUUCGGUUCUUUAAAGGGUUCAUCCACGACCUAUUGCUUGCUCGACAUGUUGCAUUGUUGGCUUUCUCAUUUAGAUUCAACUGGUCAUUUUCUUCGCAUAUGCUUUUUGGAUUUUUCAAAGGCCUUCGAUCGUAUUGGCCAUAACAUUCUUAUCCAAAAACUUGUUGAUAUUGGCGUUAGGCGAUCGUUAAUACCAUGGAUCGUAAACUUUCUAUCAGGGCGAAGACAGCGGGUAAAACUUGCGGAAGCUGUUUCUUGUUGGCUUCCUGUUACAGCCGGUGUCCCCCAAGGUACGAAGUUGGGUCCGAUCCUGUUCUUAAUUAUGGUCAAUGAUUUACAAUGCGGUUCGGGGAGGUCUGGCAAUUGGAAAUUCGUUGAUGAUGUUACUAUCUCUGAGGGAUUAUUAAGGAAUGGGGAACCAUCUGUAAUCCAGUCCGAUUUAACUUCUAUAGCUACAUGGGCAUCUAAUAACCUGAUGAAAUUGAACGCAAAGAAAUGCAAAGAGAUGCAAAUUUGUUUCUUUCGGAACAAACCUGAACUACCACACUUGUGUGUUGAAGACCAGAUCUUUGAAUGUGUAUCGUCGCACAAGGUUCUUGGAUUGAUUAUCCAGGAUGACCUUAAGUGGAACGAACAUAUUUCGAUGAUUGUUACCAAAGCAUCCAAGCGACUGCAUAUCCUACGUGUCCUACGACGGGGAGGGAUUCCACCGCACGACCUUAUCACAAUUUAUUAUGCAUUGAUUAGAUCUACAUUAGAAUAUUGUUGUACAGUAUGGCAUUGUGGUCUACCUAUGUAUCUGUCCGAACAAGUCGAAAAAAUUCAAAAACGUGCACUGAGGAUUAUACUGCCAGGUCGAUCCUACGGUGAAGCGCAAGAAAUGUUGCAGUGUCCUAGGCUGGAUAUACGUCGAGGUGAACUUUGCGAAAAGACGAUGAAAAAUAUUGCAUUGGGUAGUCGUCUUUCUUCCCGUCUAACUCUCACCAGCGAGAACGAACAUGUGUAUAAUUUAAGGAAUUUUAAACAAUUCGCUUCUUUUAAAUGUAGAACUGAUAGAUUUG